UAAAAACGUUUCAAAAGCCUCAAGACUAUCACGACGGGACGACGGCAUCGCGCAGCUUUGCGUUACCUCGUCGAUGUCUCUGUUCGACGUCCGGGUUUAAACAAGUCGGGAGUAAAAAGUCGCAGAGCCCAUUUCUGGCAAGAUGAGGUACGCGCAACUCGUCAUGGGUCCCGCGGGAAGCGGCAAGAGCACCUACUGCAGCACCAUCGCCAAGCACUGCGAAGCCGUGGGUCGCACGGUUCACGUCGUGAACCUAGACCCGGCGGCCGAGUACUUCGACUACAACGUGGCCUUCGACGUUCGCUCCCUGAUACAGGUCGACGACGUCAUGGAAGACGAGGAGCUCGCGUUCGGCCCCAACGGCGCGCUCGUGUUCUGCUUCGAGUACCUGAGCGAGAACGUGGAGUGGCUCGAGGAACAACUUGGCGAAGACAGCGACGACUACUUCAUCUUCGAUUGCCCCGGCCAGAUCGAACUGUACACUCACCUGGACGUCAUGAAGCGACUCGUCCGGACCCUGGAGGCCUGGGAGUUCCGCGUAUGCGGAGUCUUCCUGAUCGACUCGCAGUUCCUGGUCGACACGUCCAAGUUCUUCUCUGGCGUCCUGUCGGCGCUCGCGGCCAUGGUGAACUUCGAGAUACCGCACGUGAACGUCAUCACCAAGAUGGACCUGCUGAACAGGGCGGGCCGCCGUAAAAUCGGCCGCUUCCUGGAACCUGAUUCGAGCUUGCUCCUCGAAGACGACCGUCUGGGUGAGGGCCACUCGCAACUCUCGGAGGCCAUCGCUAAAGUCAUCGAAGAGUACAGCCUCGUCAAGUUCAUGCCGCUCAACAUCAAGGUGGAAGAGAGCAUUGGAGACCUCUUGCUCGUCAUCGACAACGCCAUUCAGUACGGAGAAGACCUGGACGUCAAGACGCACGACUUCGAUCAGCCCGAUAGGGACGAUGACGGAGACGUGCCCUACGGUCUGGAAGGCUGAGGAGACUUUAGAUGAAAGAAAGGACUCGGAGUCACUCAUCUUGUUAACAUGCUGUGGGUCGGUGUUGAACAGUGACUCGGUCCACUACUCGACGUUGAUGUUUCAUAACUGUCAUAAUCAUAAAUGUCAUACUUCCGAAAAAGGCGUUAUAUUGCUU